AUGAAACGAAAUAGCGAAAUAGCCUUGCAUCCUCAAGCUCUCAAGAAGGGAGAAAUAAACGGCCAUUCGUGGGAUCAAGCAACAACAACAACAUUUACAUCAUUAAAUGUUGAAACUGUGAGAUUUGGAGUUUUAGUGGAAAAUAAUUCCGAUAUGGACAUUAUUGCUAACUUUGAAGCGGAUAAUGUGGCUCUUAAUGGCAUGUCGAUUGUGGUCUUACACAGAAAAAGCAAAAUUGCUGCACAUGUAAGACAUGAUGGCUACAUACAGCCUGUCACCAUAAGAAAAAACCAGUUGGCUGAUGAUGUAUCUGAGUACAGAGCAAAAAGAGGCCAAACAGUUCAGGCAUCGCAACCAAAACAUGGCUCAAGCGCUCCUCUUAACAAUAAGGAAUCUAUGACUAAGGAAGGAGCUCUUUCAGUGGGAUUUGGCGAACGAAGGCCAAUCACUGUUGUACCUGGCACCACGUCCACAUCCUACGACCGCCACGAAUUGAUCAAAACAUUUGAUAUCAAGUAUCGUAACUACAUUGGAUUUUUGUGGUUGCUGACUCAAAACGGAAUUACCAUAGAAGAGUCAAAGACACAAUAUGAAUCGAACAAAUCUCGAGAGGUAACUUCCAAAGAGCAGAAGGUUAUUGAAAUUAGUGAUGAAGAAACUUCAGACAAUGAAGAAAAUGAAACAACAACACCCACGAAUGUUGCCAUUCCUUGUGUUACCCAUUCAAAAGUCAAACAAUUAUGGAUAAAGUGA